UUUGACGUAUAAACUCCUCAUUCGCGCAUUUUGUUGAACUACUGUGUGUUGUUUUGUGAAUUUUGUAGUGAAGAAAGUUUAUUUCCUCUCAGUUUUCGGUGUGUAGCAAAAAGCAAAUCGCCUAACCAUGGGCCUAGACUUCGAUCCACUUGAAUAUUGUCGUACAUUGAAAGGAACACCGCCGCCGUACAAAUGCCCAUUGGAAAAGUGUGGAAAACUUUAUGAAUCUCUUUUCGGUUUACAAUAUCAUCUGAAAAGCUAUGACCACGACAAUCCCCAUGUAACACCAAUCACAACCAAAAAUCGAAAGAAAGGCAGACACCGUACCAAAUCUACGAUAACACCGAAAGCAAAAAUUCCAUCCACUUCGCCGAAGGAAGCGCUAACAUAUUUGGAGGCUUUGAAGGUUGUUCAAUUCGAUAUCGACGGUAAAAGUGUCAAGGUGUCGAUCGAAGAAGACAAUCCCAUCGUAACCAAGGAAGAUUUCGAGAAGAUGGUCGCAGAUAAGGAAUGUACGACAACAUUUGUCGAAAUGGCACCAGCUGCUCACAUUAAAUUGCCUGAAGCAGCCGUCCGUGAAAUUGAUGGCUAUAACAUCUGCGAUGCACCACCUCGACCAAAUGCGUUUAUUCGAUUCAUCGAAAAAAGUGCGGAGGAAUUGGAUGGCGAGGUGGAGUAUGACGUUGAUGAGGAAGACACAACUUGGUUGGCGAUUAUCAACGAGAAACGAGCCGAACAGGGACUUAAUGCUGUUAGUGUUGACACGCUGGAGCUGCUGAUGGAUCGACUGGAAAAGGAAUCAUACUUUCAGGCAGCAGCUAAUGGACAAAGUGGCAACGAAGUGGACGAUGACGCCGUAUGCUGCAUUUGCAUGGAUGGUGAAUGUCAAAACACAAAUGUUAUUCUGUUUUGUGACAUGUGUAACUUAGCUGUUCAUCAGGACUGUUAUGGCGUUCCGUACAUACCCGAAGGUCAAUGGCUUUGUCGCAGGUGUUUGCAGAGUCCUAGCACGCCAGUGGAAUGUGUCCUUUGUCCGAAUACUGGUGGUGCAUUCAAGCAAACGGAUGAUAAUCGUUGGGCUCAUGUUGUCUGUGCUUUGUGGAUUCCAGAAGUUCGUUUUGCCAACACAGUAUUUUUGGAGCCGAUAGAUUCAUUGGAAAUGAUACCCCCAGCGCGUUGGAACCUGAAAUGCUACAUUUGUAAGACGAAAGGAGUUGGUGCAUGCAUACAGUGUCAAAAGACUAGUUGUUGCACUCCGUUCCAUGUUACUUGUGCGCAACAAGCUGGAUUACAUAUGAGAAUGGAUACCGUCAAAGACAAUACGAGCUCAGCUCAUCCGAUUACAGUUCAAAAAACGGCCUAUUGUGAUGUUCACUGUCCAACGACGAAGAGUAGCACAGAUCUGAACGCACUGGAUGCAGACGAAAAAGCGCGACACAAAAAAAUGAAAAUGGCAAGGGAAAUGUUAGCUAAGAAACGGACCAGCGUUCCGUUGAUACUGAUUCCAACCAUCCCGCCGAAUCGGUUGCAGGAAAUCAGUGCACUUGUCAAUAUCCAAAAGAAGCCACAAUUCAUUCAACGUUUGAUCCCGUAUUGGACCUUGAAACGACAAUAUCGAAACGGCGUACCAUUGCUGAGAAGAUUGCAGAGCCAAGGUCAAUCGCAUCAAGGCAAUAGAGGAAUUGAAGGAACACCAAACGCUAAGGAAUUGUACCAACAGCUGAAGUAUUGGCAAUGCUUGCGACAGGAUCUGGAAAGAGCUCGACUAUUGUGUGAAUUGGUGCGUAAAAGAGAGAAGUUGAAGGUUGCCCUAGUGCGUGUCAAGGAACAGUGUAUUAUGAUGGAAAUAAAUCCGAUUGAAGCUACAAUGAGUAAAUUGCUGGACGCUCUGUAUGAGAAGGAUGUGGACGAAAUAUUCUGUGAACCUGUGGACAUCAAUGAAGUGCCAGAUUACACGGAAGUAGUUAAACAUCCAAUGGACUUGAGCACAAUUAGAUUGAAAUUACAAUCCGGAAUGUAUUUCACGCUAAGCGAUAUGGAAGCCGAUUUCAAUUUGAUGGUCAAGAAUUGCCUGGACUACAACAAUCGAGACACGUUUUACUACAAAGCCGGUCAGAAAAUGCGCGAUCAAGGUAGACCGUUGUUCCGGAAAGCGCGCGAAGAACUCGAAACCGAAGGAAUGCUGGAGAUGCAGAGAACUGACGAUAAUAUUUCGAAAGAAAUCGACGGCGAGUAUAAGGAGUUAAUCAAACAGAAGCCCAGCCCAGAGCUGGUGGAAAAGUUGCAAGCAUUGCUGGAAAAGGCGACUCGUAUGAAGCAUGGACUGGCUAGGGCGAAGGUUACAAAACAAAUUCGCAUGGAAAUCGAAAAAAUCAAAAAAGACUUGAAAAAUCUGCAAACGGAUAGUUCACAGUCGGAUAUGGAAUUGACGAAGGCUGACGAAUUAACUGUGCAGACCCCACCAUGCAGUCCGAUAAAGAAUUUAAACAAUAGUGCGUCUCCAGCUGGUGUUAAUAGAAGAACUGCUGUGCUGUUUACUCGGAAGGCGGCUCAAAGGAAACCGGAAACAAAUGUGAAAGAAGAACUCUUUACCGAAACUGUAGGCAUUACUGAAAAAGUCAAGUCUCCGAAGAAGCCUGGCCGUACUAAGAAAAAUUCGAAUCGAAAAAGUGAAGAGGGUGAAGUGGUUGAAAAGAUAAAAACUCCAACGAACGUAACAAAUGGUCUGCCUAAAUCCAAAGACUCACUCAAAGACCCUUUCAGUAUGCCGGAUAGCUUCCGCACUUAUCGAGCCCAAGAGAAUCGUGAUUUGUCCGAUUCGGAGGAGUCUCAUGUCAGCUAUUCAGAGAGUACAUGCAGCAGUUGCAGUGGUUUCAGUGAUAGUGGAAGCGGAACCGAUUUCGGGUCGAGUUUUGAAGAUGGUCCUGACACCUGUAGCGAUUCCGAGAUGCAUUCGAGCGAAGCAGAUCAUCCAAAACUGCAAGCCACCUUAGAACCUCUUCAAUUGGUCUGGGCUAAAUGUCGAGGCUAUCCAUGGUAUCCGGCGCUAAUAAUUGAUCCACAAAUUCCCAACGGAUUCGUGUUCAAUGGUGUACCUCUGCCAGCACCACCACUCGACGUCUUAGCACUACGAAAGGAUAAAGAGGAGCCCGUAUUUUUGGUUCUGUUUUUCGAUGCAAAGAGAACGUGGCAGUGGUUACCACCGAAUAAAUUAGAAAUUUUGGGCUCUGACAAACAGUUCGAUCAAGCAAAAUUGAUCGAAAGCCGAAAGCCAACUGACCGGAAAGCAGUUAGCAAGGCAUAUCAGGAUGCAUUACAUUAUCAGAGUCAAGUUUCCGAUUUGGACGGUCAGGGACCCGGAGCUAUAAUGUAAAUAUUAAGUGCGAGUGAUCGGAUCAUGUGAACAAAAUUCAUUGGACAUCAGCUGUUAUACAUUUUUAACGUUUCCAUUCUACCAUUUUUGUAGUUUAUGUUUUUCUUCUAUAAAUGGUAUAUUAAUGUUGUGACCACAAUUUAGGAUUAGGUGAACUUGUUGUACGCCAUUUUCACGCGGACGAGAAUAUAAUGAGUUG